AUGUCCUUUCAGGUUCCAAUCUCGCAAGUUUCCGCUAGUAUUGGAGGUCUUGGUCGAAUUGAUGGUCUCCAUUAUUCAAAUGGUGUAGAGCAAUAUUGCGGUAUCCCAUAUGCUACACUGUCAAAACGCUGGACACGCUCAGUUCUCAAAACCUCUUGGGAGAACGAUUAUCACGAUGGAACUCAGCUUGGAAAUAAUUGCCCUCGUCCACGAAUCUCGGGUACAGAUGCAAACCCUAACAACCCGUUCAUACCGGUCCCAGCAAAUCCAUUUUUCACUCGCCUACCUGUAUCUGACGAGAAGACUGCUCUCAUAAUAAAUAUUGUCGUCCCAGAGAGCCCAAAUCACAGCUCAGAUGGAGAGGCCAAGUUCCCCGUUAUGGCAUGGAUCCAUGGCGGAUCUCUGCUGUAUGGUAGUGCAAACUACGGGAUCUACGAUGCGGUGAAUCUGGUUUCUCACAGUGUUUCUAUCGGUCUUCCAGUAAUUGUGGUAAGUUUCAAUUAUCGACUUGGUUUGGGUGGUUUCCUGGCCGGUUCAAAGGUAGAAGAGGAGCUUAAAAAAGAUGGUUUUGCCGGCAAUGGCAAUUUCGGCUUCACAGAUCAGAAGGUUGCUAUGGAUUGGGUGCAAAAAUACAUUUCUCAAUUUGGAGGAGAUCCAAAUAAUGUCAUCGCUUUUGGGCAAUCGGCUGGUGCAAUCUCUAUCGGCCAUCAGCUGGCAGCGAAUGAUCCGAUGAAAUUCGACCGUGCAAUCUUUAUGUCUGGUCUGGGAAGCACUUUGAGUCCACUAUCUUUGGAAGAGCAUGAAGAGUUAUUCAGUGCGAGCUGCCGCUACUUUUCCAUCGAUGCACAAGCCCCCGAUGCUCUGGAUCAAUUGCGCAAAAUUGAUCAGCAGGUCCUGGCUGAUGCAGAUAACAAGAUCCAGGGGGCUAUUUCUGGUGGUGGAAACCCGUGUUUGGACGGCUGGUUCUAUGCUCACGACCCUCGGAUAAUCUCUGAGGCGCCAAGCUGGCUCAGAUCAUUUGCGAUGGGCGACAUGCAUGACGAGGGCGUCAUAUUCAUCAUGAGUCUGAUGAAUGAUACCUACGACACAGUCCGAAGUACCAUGAUGGAGCACAUUAGAGAUGAGAAGUUCGUCAACACAGUAUUCGAGUUGUACGGCAUCACCCCGAAACUAUCGAAACACGAUUUCAUCGACAGAGUAGCCAAUAUGGGUGCGGAUGCUGUCUUCAAAAUCCAGAACUACAAGACUGCGCUUGUGAAUAAGCGCCUUCAGUCCGAGAAUUCAAUUUUCAAAUAUCAUUUCGACCAGCAAUCGCACAUCAAAAAUGUGCUUCAGGGGAAGGCAUACCAUGGACUAGACGUUGUCUAUUUGUUCCGAAAUUUGGAAAACAAGCUCAGCGAAGAAGAACGGAAGAUGAGUGAUGAGUUUGCCUCUGCUUGGAUUCGAUUUGCAUAUGCUUUGGAUCCAUGGCAGAGCGCUGGAGCUACCAUGUGGAAGGUCUGGGGCCCCAACAGCAAGGAAAGAGUUGAGACAGAAGAGGAGGAUGAGCCCGUUCGCUUCUAUUCACGUUUCAAGAAUGUGAUGGAGAUGGGUGCUGGUGGGCUAUGGGAAAAGUACAUAAUUGCAUUGAACUAUGUGCUAGUGAAAAAGGGGAAUAUGAGGAGGAUUUGA